AGCCUGCAAGCCGGACCGGCCCCGCCUCCGCCGCCCGCGCUCGGCGCUCGUCCCCGGUGGCGCAGGACCCUGCGGCUUCCCAGCAUGUCCCAGCGGCACUCGGACAGCUCCUUGGAAGAAAGGCUGCUGGGAGCCCGCUUCCACUCAGAGCUGCAGCUCGAUGACCAGGGCAACCCUGCGUCCAGGCUCCCGAUGGUCCGGGGCCCCCUGGGCCCUCUGUGGGCCAGGAGCAAUGCCACCUUCGCUCCCGACGGCCUGGGACCCCGGCCUUCGUCCCCCAAGGACAGGGAUCUGCGGACUGUCGUCCUGAGCACAGAUAGCCCCGCGGCCCUCAAGAUGGGCACCGAGCAGCUGAUCCCCAGGAGCUUGGCCGUGUCCAGCAAGGCCAAGACCCCGGCCCGCCACCAGAGCUUCGGGGCUGCCGUGCUCAGCAAGGAGGCCGCCCGGCGGGACCCCCAGCUGCACACGGCCCCCAGCUUCUCCUUGGACGACAUGGACCUGGACACAGGCCCCGGGGGGACGCUGGCACGGAACCUGCGCAGCCAGUCUUACCGAGCGGCCAUGCGGGGCCUGAGGACACUGGGUGGCGAGGCAGACCCCGCCCGUCUCAGCCCCAAGCUCCAGGCCCUGGCCGAGGAGGCCGCCCAGCCCACUGCUCGGCAGCCGGCCAAAAAUAAGAAGACACUGGCGCGGAAACGUGCGCACAAAGGCUCCUUCAAGGACGACCCCCGGUUCUACCAGGAGAUCCGGGAGCGGGGCUUGAACACAGGCCAGGAGUCCGACGACGACCUGCUGGACGAGCCCUCCAGCCCUGGCGCCGCACGCAAGGCAGGCACCCCCAUCGUGGUCAAGAACUUCCGGCCACCCCAGGUCACCUGGAGCCAGCUGCCGGAGGUGGUGGAGUCGGGCAUCCUGGACACGCUGUCGGCCGACGAGCGCAAGAGGCAGGAGGCCAUCUUCGAGAUCCUCACGUCCGAGUUCUCCUACCAGCACAGCCUGGGCAUCCUGGUGUCUGAGUUCCUGCAGUCCAGGGAGCUGCGGGCGACCAUGACGCAGACCGAGCACCACCACCUCUUCUCCAACAUCCUGGACGUCCGCAGCGCCAGCCAGCGGUUCUUCGAGGACCUUGAGCAGCGGCACAAGGAGCAGGUGUGCGUGGAGGACAUCAGCGACAUCCUGGAGGAGCACGCGGAGAGGCACUUCCAGCCCUACGUGGUCUACUGCUCCAACGAGGUCUACCAGCAGCGCGCCCUGCAGAAGCUGACGAGCGGCAAUGCCGCCUUCCGGGAAGUCCUCCGGGAGAUCGAGCAGCGGCCCGCCUGCGGCGGCCUGCCCAUGCUGUCCUUCCUCAUCCUCCCCAUGCAGAGGGUGACGCGGCUGCCGCUCCUGACGGACACGCUGUGCCUCAAGACCCAGGGCCACCCCGAGAGGUACAAGGCUGCUAGCCGCGCGUUGAAGGCCAUCAGCAAGCUGGUGAGGCAGUGCAACGAGGGAGCCCACAAGAUGGAGCGCACGGAGCAGAUGUACAUGCUGCACACGCAGCUGGACUUCGGCAAAGUCAAGUCCCUCCCGCUGAUCUCUGCGUCCCGCUGGCUGCUGAAGCGCGGGGAGCUCUACGUGGUAGAAGAGGCUGGGCUUUUCCGGAAACUCGCCAGCCGGCCGACGUGCUACCUCUUCCUGUUCAACGACGUCCUCGUGAUCACCAGGAAGAAGAGUGAGGACAGCUUCGUGGUCCAGGACUACGCCCAGGUGGACCACAUCCAGGUCCAGAAGGUGGAACCCACGGAGCCCUCUCUGCCGGGGGGCGGCAACCGCGGCUCGUCCGUGCCCCACCCCUUCCAGGUGACCCUGCAGCACAACAGCGAGGGCCGCCAGGAGAGGAUCCUGCUGUCCUCUGACUCCGCGAGUGACCGGGCCCGGUGGAUCACGGCCCUGAUGCACAGGGAGCGCCAGGGGCAGGGACCCGCCAACAAGGGAGACCUACUGCAGGUGGAGGCCACCAAGGCCUACUUGGCCAGGCAGGCGGAUGAGAUCUCGCUGCAGCAGGCAGACGUGGUGCUGAUCCUGCAGCAGGAAGACGGGUGGUUCUACGGCGAGAGGCUGCGGGACGGAGAGACGGGCUGGUUCCCCGAGGACUUUGCCCGGUGCAUCACCAACCGCGUGGCCGUGGAGGGCAACGUGCGCAGGAUGGAGCGUCUGCGGGUGGAGACAGACGUGUAGCCCACUCCGCCGGGGACCUCGCAAGGCGCUUCGGACCCCACUCCAGCCCGUGGGCCCGGCGGGCCUGUCUCAGGGCCCAAGCCGCCCUGGACCUCCCUGAGGACCCGUGGGCCGCGCCGAUGGCUCCAGAG